CACUUCCGCGGGCUCCCAACGCUGCGUCGUCUGCGUGCUGACGUCAGGCGCGUGCCCCUGUCCGCAGCUGAGGAGACCCCGCGCAUUGCUGCCAACGCCCCGGCUGAGGAGCUGAGGUCAUCAUCAAAUUUGAAAUAUUUAAAGUGGAUACAAAACUGUUUCAGCAAUGCAGACGAUUAAGUGUGUUGUUGUGGGCGAUGGUGCCGUUGGUAAAACAUGUCUCCUGAUAUCCUACACGACAAACAAAUUUCCAUCUGAGUAUGUACCGACUGUUUUUGACAACUAUGCAGUCACAGUUAUGAUUGGUGGAGAGCCAUAUACUCUUGGACUUUUUGAUACUGCAGGGCAAGAGGAUUAUGACAGAUUACGACCGCUGAGUUAUCCACAAACAGAUGUAUUUCUAGUCUGUUUUUCAGUGGUCUCUCCAUCCUCGUUUGAAAAUGUGAAAGAAAAGUGGGUGCCUGAGAUAACUCACCACUGUCCAAAGACUCCUUUCUUGCUCGUUGGGACCCAAAUUGAUCUCAGAGAUGACCCCUCUACUAUUGAGAAACUUGCCAAGAAUAAACAGAAGCCUAUCACUCCAGAGACUGCUGAAAAGCUGGCCCGUGACCUGAAGGCUGUCAAGUAUGUGGAGUGUUCUGCACUCACACAGAAAGGCCUAAAGAAUGUAUUUGACGAAGCAAUAUUGGCUGCCCUGGAGCCUCCAGAACCGAAGAAGAGCCGCAGGUGUGUGCUGCUAUGAACGUCUCUCCAGAGCCCUUUCUGCACAGCUGGUGUCGGCAUCAUACUAAAAGCAAUGUUUAAAUCAAACUAAAGAUUAAAAAUUAAAAUUCGUUUUUGCAAUAAUGACAAAUGCCCUGCACCUACCCACAUGCACUCGUGUGAGACAAGGCCCAUAGGUAUGGCCCCCUUCCCCCCUCAGUACUAGUUAAUUUCAAGUAAUUGUGUAUUGUCAGAAAAGUGAUCAGUACUAGUUUUUGUUUUGUCGUUUCAAAAAAAUUAUUUUGUUUUGUUUAAAAGCAAGGCAUGCUUGUGAUGACUCUGUAACAGACUAAUUGGGGUGGUUGAAGCUGUUCCCGGGUUCCACUCUGGAGAGUAAUCUGGGAUAUCUAGGUUUUUUUUUCCCCCCUCUCCCCUUUUUUGUUUGUUUUUUUGGGCGGGGCAGUGUGUGUGGGGGGGUUUGUUUUUAUUUAGUCAUGUUUUUUUAAUUCAUUAACCAUUGGACAGCCCUUGAGGAGGACAGGUUGAUUCCACAUUCCACUUCCUAGAUCUAGUUUAGAAAACAUGUUCCCCAUCUGGUGCUCUUAGGAAGGAGUAUAGUAAACGCCUCAUUUAAUAAUAUACUCCUUUUUGAAAGUUGCCUUUUCUCUCCACCCUUGAGUAGGUCCAGUAUUUGAUGAAACUCAUGAAAGUGGGUGGAACCUGUCUUGCCCCUCCUCUUUUCUAGGAUGCACUAUAUAUGUGACUGUGACUUUCAAGGAAAUUUGUUUGCCAUUUGCUAAUUUUUUUUGAAGUUAAUUUCUAACUUCUUUCACUGAUAAAUGAAGAAAAGUAUUGCACCUUUUGAAAUACACCAAAUGGAUUGAGUACGUAAUUAAAAAACAUUUUUUUUUUCCCUGUCAGUCAUUGUCUUAAUAUGCUUAGCAUAGACGUGCAGCUUAAUAGUGUGAGAUCUGGUGUUCCUAGAACACAGCUGAAGACCUGGUAUAUAGAGGAAAUCCGAGGGGUGGUGCUAGAAGACAGAUGUCUACGGAUGAUUCACAUCCUCUUCCAAGUUAUGAGGAUGGAGACCUGCUUCAUUAAGAAGCUGGGGGUGGGGUGGGGGUGGGGAGAACAUUUAACAACAUGGGGACCAGUCAGGGGAAUCCCCUUAUUUCUGUUUUGCAUAUGAGGAACCCUAGAGCAGCCAGUUGAGGCUCUCUAGUUUAAUAAAACUCCUGGGGAGAGUCUUAUGCAGACUCUUCGUAAGUGUUAAUAGGGAUUUUAUCAGCUUAUUUUGGUUGCAGUUUCCAAUUUUUAAAAAUGUUAGGUUAUCUUCCCCACCUUCCCCAAAUCCUAAUUCUUGUAGAUUUCAUUAGUGUUGAACCAAUGCUUUUCUCAUGUCUGAAUUCUUUGUAUAUGCAUUCUUUUCAGAUGUAUUAAACAAACAAAAAACCCUUCACAAGCCA